AGUGUUAACUGCUGUACUAUAAAAUAUAAUAAAUGAAACAUGUAGGGGCGUGAAAUUUUAAGUACAAGUCAUUUCUGGAAAGUAAAACAGCAUUUGACUCGGUAGGCAUAGAUCUAUCACUAUUAUCACUGUCACUUUUUAAAAUUCAAAACCACUCUCCGCUUGGAUGAAAGUUGGAUUUUAUCAUAAAUAACCCACAUUCCACAACAGUAUGUAUUGCUAUUUUACAAUCCUUUUUAGCCUUGCCUUAUAUUAUUAAUUAUAGUAGACUAAUUGGAUGUGGUGUGUGAUAGUGAUAGUCAUAACUCGUGAGAUGUCUGUAAUUUUGAAUGAUUUAUCCUAAUUUGUGAAUGUGAAAUGUUUUUUUGAUAGAUGUGUUGGAGUAAGGGUGGAAGAAGCACAAUUUGGGCCAUGGGAAAUCGGGACAUGGAUUCGGUUUCGGAGAUCCACGUUCGUGUUUUUCCUUAGGCCUAUACUAUACGAAGUCAUUGGCGUAGAAAGGUUUUGGGCGUAGAAAGUGUGUGGGGGGAGGGGGUUUACAACCUUAGCCAUCCUUUGAGCACUCAACGGAUUUGGAGCAUUUAUAAUUUUAAAGGUAUUUUGACGCAAGCAGACCCCCGGGACCCCCUCUCCCGGCCGGCUAGCUACGCCCCUGUGUGAGCUAUAGUAUGCUAUACAAAUUUAAUAAAUCAUUAUUUUUUUUAUGCGGCUUGGUCGUUCGUGAAUGAUUAAUUCAUGUUCGUUUUUAUUGGUGUCAAAAAAAAAGUGCAGACAAUAGAUAUAUAUACGGACAUUAAUAAAGCGUAGGCCUAAGAGGGUAGGGUUACCAUGCCUUCGGGUUUCCCCGGACGUGUCCUCUUUUUAGGCCCCUGUCCGAGCGGCUUUCCGGAAAUAUAGCUUGUGUCCUCAUUUUUCCCCUGUCCGUCCCCAAUCGAUACCUUCUUACUUACUUAUUCCGUGUUUUAUACUAUUCUAUUCUGUUCCGUGAACUUAACACACGCUCAACAAUUACUAAGGUUACCACCGAAAUGUCUGGUUCCGGAAGCCAUUUUUGUAAACAUAGCGCAAGACAGUAACUAACGCGAGUUCUUUAUACAUAAUUGAAUUUUCAAGUUUAAUAUUUUUGAAUAUUUGAUUUGAACAAUGCCGAGGUGUACAUUUUUUAUUUACCGACGCACUUAAAACCCAAUUGCCAGGUUUUCCUGCAGGUCGAUAGGACUAAGAGGCUGAAUAUUUGACAUGGGGCCGCAGAACUUGCAUAACUUGAAUAUAUCUCCUUUGCCAGUAAGAUCUGGUAAGGGCAAGGGUGCCCCAGCCUAGGCCUAGGCGCAUGUCCAAACGCCGAAGCAUAUUAAGACUGAUAAGAGUGUUCUCUGAAAAACUUCAUCUACCAAAGUUACCAGUUACCAAAUUUUUCGUAACAACGGUUUCCAAAUAAAAUGAUGAAACAUUUUUUUUUUUUUUUUUUUUGGCCGCAAAAGGCGUUUUGGCUUUUUUAAGUUACCAGUUACCAAAGUUUUCGUAACAACGGUUUCCAAAAAAAAUGAUGAAACAUUUUUUUUUUUUUUUUUGGCAGCUAAAGGCGUUUUGGCGUUUUACGCUGUCCAAAGGAACCACCACGCUAUCAAUUCUUCUGCUUAUAAAUCAUACUAAUAGACUGCAGUUGUCGCUACUUUAUAAAAAUUAAUAUUUUUUACCUGAUUUUGGAAUGACACGCAAAAAUAAGUUUAAUGUAAUGUGUACUGAGUACUCGUUAAUACAAGUUUAUAAUUAAAUCCAUUUACAAUAGUAGCCUACACUAUUUUAUGUAAUUUAAACUUUGCUUUUCUCUGUACCAACACUUGAAGGCGCUAACAUCGGCUUAGGCGGCAUGGCCCAAGGAGCCGGCUGCGGGUUUGGAACCGGAUUUGAUGAAAAUUGUGUGCGUCAAAAAAGAUUGGCCCGCCCCGGUCGGCACCAUCUCUAGUCUCUAGCAACACUACUGUUCAAUGUAGGCCUACUCCCAGAAUUAAGCUCGCAAUUAAAAAUCGACCCUUAUUGACGUUUAUAAGGUGACAUAAAGAUGUGCACACAGAUUCAAACAUGCUCAAAAGACUCAUAAGCCAUAAUAUUUAUUUAAAAAAGAAAAGAAAAAUAAUUUAGUUUUAAGGGUUAUUCAUAUUUUACGUAUAUGCACUGGGAGGAGAAGGGAGAUUUUUCGUAAUGCGAAAGUAGAGAGAGGUUGGCUCUACACUACAGAAUGUACAAAUCCACCUCAGUGUUUCAUAAUCACUGUCCUUGUGUUGCUUUACUUUAUGCUUUCACAAAACGUUAAUUCACUCGGUAGAUAUCGUAACAGUAAUAAUAAGUCUAGUUCGUGUGUCGAAUUUGUGACCGAAUUAUUUCGUUCGAAAGAACCAAACAUUAUAUUCGCUACAUCAAACAGACAGUGGUUGCGAAAAGAGAGAAAAUCUGUGACAUACUUUCGAAACGAUUUACGGUGACUUCGUCAUAACUGUCUGAAAAUAAAUUGAAACGUGGGUGGGAAAGGGGCGUAGGAAGGGUGGGCAGCAAUGUUCCCUCUAAGGUUUGCUGGUUCGUGUGCAAAAUCAUAUAGUUGUGUGCAAAGUUUUACGGCAUCAUUUUUUUUUUUUAAUGCAAAAUUUUACAGCUCACAAAUACAAACACACACGUACAUGGAAAUUUGCUGCGGGAUACUCAAAACUGCUGCGCGGCGACUGUGAGAUAGCUGCGCGGCCGCGCAGCCGCGCAGCUUAAAGGAAAUAUUGGUGGGCAAUGGAGGAAAUCCGCACCGAGAGGAUGGUUUUCCUUUUAUAAUGGGUGGCAUUUUCGGUCAAACGCAAAGUUUCGUUUUGUUGUUUUUUUUUGUAUGAAGGGUGUGAAGAAAAUGGAGAACUGCAUUAUUGCAAGUGCGCAGCCUUGUUUCACUCCGCUGCCGACUGGGAAUGCCUCAUAGACUGCGCCGGUGAAGGUUACUGUGCAUGUUUUCAUCCAAUGGCCGUAUGAUUGUGAGCAGUCGUGGGGGGCAACCUAUUUUGUGCAAGAUACUAAACAGAUAACUCCGGCUUAUCAAGUCAAAUGCCUUGGGGAGAUCUACGAAAGCAAUGUAAAGAGGCUUAUGGUUUUCAUGGCACGUCUCCUCAACUGGCGUAACGAGAAUAUCAUAUUUACAGGAACAACCACAUUGGAGGUCACACGGGAAGUUUGGGUGUAUAUUGCGUUAAUUUAAUCAUCUUAAUUACAAAAAUUCAGUGUGUGUUUCAUAAAGGUACCAACACUGCCAUUUUAAUUUGGUGACGCAACCCUUCUCAUAAAAAUUCAAAAUCAAUGGGUGCAGCUUUGGCGUAUACUUGAAUUCAAUGUUUCUUUUAAAAAAAAUGAUCCAGAGAGGUGACAUUUCAGGGGGACAGGACAUCCAUCAACGCACAGAUUAUGUAUUAGGGCACCGAGUGUCAUGCACAACUUGAAAUCACUCCGGUUGUGGAGCACCCGAGAGCGUUCCUUUGGCCACAACUUAGUUUCGCCCCAUUUGGCCACAUUGACCGGUACGGGGGAGGAGGUAAAGCAUCAAUCGAGGGCGUCGAAGGCUCCCGAGUGAAUGUAUUGUAGGGUAAGGGAGAGGGUCAUUGAGUCAUUCCAAAGACAACUUUUGAUAAUUAAAAAUUUAUUGAUUCACUUUGGCGCACACCAUAUAAAGUUUUGCAACAUUCUGCACUUAAUCGGAGAGCAACAAAAUGUGGGUUUCUCUCAACCUGGUUGUGGUUCAACACUGACGGAGGGGCGGCAUAAUCGGACAGUCACGGAGUUUUUAUCGUGGAAGGGAGCGCGGAAAAACUCUGUGCCCGCCCAUGGCAGCACCAUACUAGCUAAGUUACCUGGCGGUGAAUCUCUCAGCGCCAAAAUUGUGGACCAGGGCCAGCUUUACUGUCAUUUUUAUUUGGAUAUGGAGCAGAAAUUGAAGAUAGUGAUGGUUACUAAGGUGCAUUUUGGCGUAUACCUGAAUUCAGUUUGUCAAUUUAGAUAUUUCGAGCGAUGAGGAAGAAUUUUUUCAAGUGAUCCCGAAGAACAUCUAUCAGCAUGCAAAUUAGGCAUAUGGCCCCCAAUGAUAUAAAUAACAUGAAUUUAUUCGCGUUUCGGGUUGCCAUAUGGUGAUCUCUUGGAACACGCGUUGAUAUAGCCCAGUACUUCCACUAUGAUUGGCGUGAGGAAAGUGAGCAGCAGAAAUUCAGCGUGCCGAAGACUUCGAGUAAAAACGGACUCAUGGUCUGAGUACGGGGCUUACUGAGCCACAGACGCAUGGUCUGGGUACGGGGCUUACUGAGCCACAGAUGCAUGGUCUGGGUGCGGGGCUUACUGAACCACAGACGCAAGGUCUGGGUAAGGGGCUUACUGAGCCCCUCCCCAGAAAAUUUUUAUAAAAUUCAAAAUGCAAGAAUACAUUUUUUCACUUACCUGAACAACUGGAAUUAAGACUUUGAUUUAUAUUAAGGAGCGGCUGAUUUUUAAAAUAAAGCGAUAUUUAUAAUCCAAUUCUUUAAGCCUGCAAUGAGAUUAGCCGUAGAUAUAGACAGUUAAUCAAAUAUAUCCAGUGUAAUCGGUGAAAAGCACACGUUGCUAAUAAAAGUGUUAUAAAAAUGUUGUUGUUUGUUUUGUUUUAUAUAAACUAUAUAUAUAUUUAUAAUGUAUUUUCGCUUUUUUUUUUUUUUUUUUUUUUUUUUUUUUUUUUUUACAUUAACCUCCGGUUGUUCUUUGCUUUUUUAAAUUUUUUUUUUUUUUUUUUUUUUUUUUUUUUUUUUUUUUUUUUUUUUUUUUUUUUUUUUUUUUUUUUUUUUUUUUUUUUUUUUUUUUGUUGUUGUUCACAUUAACCUCCGGUAGUGCUUGACUUUCUCAAAGGGGCGGGGGACUUCCUCCCUUCCCAGGACAGAGGCCUCAAAGAAAGACUCGGGUGGACAUUAUCCGUUGCAUGUAUGCAAAGGUUGGGGGCGUGUCCAAAAUGGACGAUUAAAACAAGGGGCAGGGGAUAGGAUUUUUACUAGAUCUUCUUUGCAUAUCUCAUGUUUGUAUGGUCUCUUACUCAACACUUGGUACAAGUGAGAUCAAAUAAGAAUGUCCUUACUCGCCAACACACAGAACACGCUAACCUGUCACCCUCAAUCGCGCACACUUUUUUGUUGUUGUUUUAUUGAAUAGAUUUCUUAAUGCCAAACUUUUUUUUAAAAAUCAAACUUUAACCACAACACCGUGGCGUUCCUUAGGGGGGCGAGGAGGUGUUAUAUACUAUAACAUUUUAUAUACGGUAAGUGUGUGUAGGUGUAAUGAGGUUUUCACUUUUGGGAGUUCGCCCCGGUCAGUACUUGCUCAAGUCAAGGUACGCGAUUGACUAAUAAAGGUUAAUACUCAAAAAGGGUGCGAGAUUACUCUCUUAGGACCCUCGACACGAUGCUUACGGCGCGCCUCAUCUGCUGGGCGCUUCCGUAAAGGAGGUCAUUAAGGCAGGCCUCCGGAUUCCUACCGUUGGCCCCCAUCCCACUGUCCGGACACGUGACAACCAAGUGGGCUACUGUCUCCUCUUCGUGUCCACAUUGUCGGCACAAAAGUUCCCUUCUGUUAUCGAGUCGGUAGAGAUAACUGCGCGUGGCGCAGUGCCCAGUUCUCAUCUGUGUGAUAAGGCUUUGUUCUCUACGACUAAGCUCCCACCAUGGGUCGCUUUUGCUCGGCCGCUGGAAUUCCCGGUAAAACUGUCGUCCAGUAGUGGCCGUGUCCCACUUUCCAAGCCAUUUUCUCCUGAAAUGGUCUUUCAACCAGGCAGUGACUCCGACCUGAGUCAUGGGAUUGUCUGGUUGAGGUAGGGCUGCGCCUUCUUGGGCUAAGAAAUCUGCCCUGUCAGGAAGCGACGCCUCUAAGCGCGAAGUGAUUAGCUGGAAGAUUACCUUAGGGCCAUGUGCAUGGAUGGAGCCUACUGUUUCCAGAAUGACAGUGAUCUUUGUUGAGCCCACCGAUUUCUCCCCCAUGAGUUCGAGAGCAGAACGAGAGUCGGUGAAGACCACAACGUCCGGGAAGGACUUCCGAUUGGCUAGCCGUUGGUUCAACCUCUUAAGAGCUACCAGUAUCGCCUCAAUUUCCGCAUCGAGGCUUGUUGCAUUCCUACCGCAUGGGCCUGAUAGCUCCUCGGGUGGAGCUAUCUCUGCGGGAUACUGGAUGAGGACACCAUAGCCACUACGCUUUUCCUCCGUGAAACAUGAGCCGUCCGUAAAGACUUUAACCAAGCUGUUCGGGUAGGCGUCAAUCGUGCGUUGCACAGCCUCUGAUGGGUCUAAUUGAGGACUGCCUUCGCUGGCUUUGGCAUCAACCAUUUCCAGUCGAAUGUCCGGCAGGGGAAGACUUUUGUGUGGUCCCCGCGCGGGGAUCACUUUCACUUUUUCCCUGUUUCUGGGCAGAAAGACGUCUUUUUCAAGACUGUGAACCAUGUCCAUGAAGGAUGGUCGCUUCAAUCUGGACUUUUUCUCCCAUUCGUCCUGUAAUUUGAAACAGGGAUCCUUUCUGUCCAUGCGGCGGUAACGCUCUACCGUCGUAAGGACUGCCUUCUCUCGCCUGACCUCGAGCGGUUCGACAUUGGAAAUGAUCUCCACCGCCGCCGUGGGUGUGGUUCGUAUUGCCCCGCAAACAAACCUUAGAGCACGGUUUUGGAUGCGGUCCAGUUCCUCCAAAGCCGUAUGGCUUGCGAAGGCUAGGACGGGCAAACUGUAGUCCAUUGUUCCUCUCACACUGCUAAGGUAGAGCGAUCUCAACAGUCUUGCUUCUGCACCCCAUUCAGUGCAAGCUAGCUUUUUCACCAAGCCCAAUUUUUGUGAAGCCUUGGCACAUAGUUCGUGCACGUGGUGAUGGAGUCGGAGUUUCUGAUCCAACUUAAUCCCCAAGUAGACUGGAGUCCUGUCCCAUACCAAAUCUUUCCCAUUUAUGGAGAGUUUAACAUCGGUCUCAAGCACCUUUCUUCCGUUAGUGAACUUAGAAUAGACCGUCUUCUCAGUGUUCACAACCAUUUUCCACCGUCUCGCAUAGUCCUCGAUGGUAUGGAGAUCGUUUUGCAGCCGGUUCUGCAAGUGGUUGAUGUUAGGACCAGAAGUCCAGAUUACUAGAUCAUCAGCGAACAUGGCAUUAUCGGACACUAAUCCCUCUUGCAAGUCAUAGACAUAGGCCAAGAACAAAGUGCAGCUGAGGGCAGACCCCUGGGGGAGUCCGUCCUGUAGAGCAAGCUGCUUCGAUAGACUAUUGCCAACCCGUGUGACAAUAUAUCUGUCCUUGAGAAAGUCCGUCACCCACCCGGACAUGUUUCCAGUGACACCCAACUUCUGGAAUUUAUGCAUGAGGCCAACGCGCCACACGCGGUCAUAUGCUUGCUUGAGAUCAAAGAAAAUUGCCAACGAAUGAUUUUUCUUCUGGAGUUCAUUGGUCAUAGACUGAACAAGACGGACCACCUGGUCCAUGGGCUGCCUACCCUUACGGAAGCCACCUUGCGUCGGUGGUAGGUGCUUUCCACUCUCCAAAAACCAGUAGAGUCGUCCAUUCACCAUUCGCUCGGCCACUUUGCCCACACAGGACGUCAGCGAUAUUGGCCUGUAGCUACCUGGUAAAUGGCCUGGUUUUCCCUCCUUUGGUACGGGAACCACUAUGGCCUGCUUCCACACUUUCGGUAAAAUACCUGUAGUCCAAGUUCGGUUAAUGAGAGCCAGCAGAAGUUCUCUCCCCUGUUUACCCAGGUGGGUUAACAUUUCAUUGUGAACUUUGUCUGGGCCUGGUGCUUUCGCCGGCAAGCACUUUUUGAGCGCGGUUUGCAAUUCUUCCAUUGUGAAGGGAACUGUGAAUAUCUCAGGGUGGGGUCCAGUACGCUGGAUACGAGCUCCCCUUAUCUUCAGACGGCGGAUUUCCCUGUGCUCGUCAGUCUCCUUUCUUACUUUUGACUCAUUGUUCACUGCGGCAAAGUGAACAUUCAGUACAUUGGCUCUUUCCUUGUCGCUCGCCACGACACCCUUGUCCGAUAGUACUGGCUGCGGGUUUUUGGCCUUCCCCGCACCAGAGAGACUUCCGAGCAGAUUCCACACCUUCCUACCGUCCAGAAGAUUGAGUUUUUCACACGCGCUAACCCACUUCGACUUUUUCGCCUUUUGAACAGCUGCCCGGACUUCAGCCGUAAGUUGAUUGUAGCCAGCACGAGCAGCCGGUGUUUUCUUCCUCGCGGCUUCUUUCCGAGCUUUUGCUCUACGCUUCACGAGUUUUGCAAGCUCUUUGUUCCAAAAAGGCUUGUACGGUCGCUUCCCGGUCGUUCUCGGGAUCGUCACACGGGCGACCUCUAGGAGGACGUCAUUGAACUUCUCGAAAGCAACAUCUAAGUCUGAGUCGGCCACAUCGACUGCAAUUAGUCCGAGCUUGGUCUCGCACUGACUUUGGAAAUCUUGCCAGUUGGCUUUACGAAAGAGCCAGUGGCGUUUAUCGCACUUGGUUUUGGCCUGUCCCAAGUCAACCCUAAGCAGUAUGGGCAAAUGGUCGCUCCCAAUGUCGUCAAGGACACUAAGGACCUGAUGUCCCGCGAGAUCAGCGGACACGAGCGUCAGGUCUGGCCUGGACUCCGUUCCAUGGCCGUAAUGGAGAAGAGUGGGCGUGCUCUUCUCGUCUUGAAGCCUGAUAAGGUUGGUCUCGAGACAUACCUCUUCCACGUGCUUACCAGAGCCGUUCCGCUCUGGAUAACCCCACAUGGGGGAUUUGGCAUUGAAAUCUCCUGCAAUUAUAGUCCGUUUAAAGAUCGUCUCCCCGUGGGUGGGGAUCGUGAUCACAUUGCUUGGAGAAUUGUAAAUGUUCGUCACGGCGAACGUUUUCCCACAUUUAGUGACUUUUACUGACAGGGUGUCAGUAUUGGCGUAACGCUUACACUCGAUGAUCUCCACCGUGAGAUCAUUUCGCACCGCUGUGGUAAUGCCUUGGCAUCGCCCACACUUGCAAUGGUAUAGCGAGUAACCAGUGAUGUGAAACGGCUUCCCGUGAAGCAUUGUUUCUUGGAACAGUCCUACAUCCACGCCGUGCUCGUGGAGUAGUUUGGUUACUUCGUGUGACUUUUGCCUGAUUCCACACACAUUCAAUUGUAACACAAUCAGGGAAUAUUUGAGGUGUCCCGUGCCACCUAUUCGUUCUCGACCAGUCGUUUGUUGGCCUCGCACGCGCCUGUCAAGCGUCACACGUGCGAGAGGGGACGCCCUCCCCAAGGGGACAUCCGCGGGGAGAGGAUGCAGUCCACGCACCACACCUGUAGCUUUACUCGGUCCCACCCAGUCUCCCGACAGUGGGUAUCGAGGGCCUUUUGAGGAAGCCACGGUCGGAGGGGCAGGAUCGUGUCCAAGCCCCCCCCCAGUCGAACCUGCGUUAAUGAUAGAUUUUGCAUUGUCAUGAGUAAUAGUGGUUUGAGCAAAAUAUCUUCCUCCCAGUGAAAGAGGGCUUUGCGUCGCCCCCCCCCCUAGCUCAGUGGGUCCUUCGGACAUGGACGUGUGUGAUCUUUGGCUUCCGGAAGCAAGUCCGUACUGGUCAGCAACGCCACGAAGAGGCAGAUCACGUGUACACCACUCGAGCAAAGUGGUGUUGGUUUCCCCAGUCGGCACAAGCAGCUGACAUGGGGAAAUCAUGCUGCGCGAUUGACUCAAUUGGUCUAUUUAGUAAACCGGAUUUGAUAAUUGCUUUAUAUCUAUUAUAUAUGCAUCAUAUAGGCCUAAGCAUUAUAUGUGUGUGUGUGCAUCAUAUAGGCCUAAGCAUUACAUAUAUAUGUGUGUGUGCAUUAUUUAACUUUUUUUAAAAAUUAUUGCAUUUUCCUUAUUCAGUUGAUAAGUUGCCUUUGCCAUUUUCGAAAAGUCACGCAGCUAAUCACAGGCUGCUCACCUCAACACUAGAGACAUGAAAGUGUUACAUUUUUAUAAUACAGCUGUUUGCGACUCUCCAACUCUUUUUUCAGCUGUUGUAUUCACCAUGCCCCCGAAGAGAAAAGCUGCGAAGAAGGCGGGCAAGUCGGUGAGCGCCAAGAAAAGUAAAGCAGACGACUCGUCGGAUGUUGCAGCUGCUGAUACCAUGAAGGAUAAAAUCGCCAAGCUGAAAGAGGCUGAUAAGAACACGAUAAGGAAACACAAACCCGAUUCAUUUUUUCCAGGCUCUCAAAUUGCACAGGUAGAGAUGAGUGUAUGUAAUUCUGUGUAUGUAAUUAUAGAUUGGCCUGCUAUACAUAAACUCUACCGGGUUGGGUUUUUUUUUCUUCUUCAUUGUGGCUGAUAAUACCUAAAUGCGCCCAAAUGGAACAUGGUUGGCAAGGGGGCGGAUAUAGACAUUAAGAUUUACCCAACUGAUGCGUAUGGAGAGAGGGGGUGUCGGAUAUCGACUUUGAGAUUUACUCAACUGAUGAGUAUCGAGAGAGACAGGGGGGGGGCGCUCCACGCUAGACAAAUACGACAGUACGCCAAAAAUAAUUAUCAAAGUCAUAGAGUCCCGAAACACUGCUGUUAAAAAAAAAAUACGCACAAAUAUUUGUAGCGUGAAAGAGUUCUUUAUUCUUUAACAGCCGUACUCAACAUUAGUGCACCCGUUGUGUGGUUUCUCGUUGGUUCUGUUGUGAGUAAAGAGAUGACUCUCAGUUGCAUAGGGCUUUUUGACAGACACAUCUUAAAAACAUUGUUGUUGUUUGUUUUUAAAGAUUUCGUUUUUUAUUCGUUGUUGCUUGUUGUUGUUUCUUUAGGUUUUAGUUGUUGAUUUUAAAAAUAAAGAAUAAAUUAUAAUAUUUACUUUUUGUAUUGGGAUUAAAGCAAAAUAUAAAUAUAUAAAUAUACUCGUUUUAUAUAUAAAAAUAUAGAUUUAAUCGUUUUAUCUUUAAAAUAUGCAUUGUUUUAUGCCACGAGGGGGAGAAUUUUUUAUUUUUUUUUUGGGGGGGGGGGGGGGGGUGUUUCGCCACAUUUCGGAAAAAGGCGCAUACAUUUCUUCACAUAGAGCAGUGGCGUCACUAGGGGGUGUGGGGAUGCAGACCGCAGCGGGUAACAACCUCACAUGGAGGUGAAAGGUGAAAGCCAAAGGUAAAUGAAAAGUUGAGUUCGCUCGGUUUGUUAACAGAACUCAUUUUAAGACAAUAACAGGGUGCCACCAGAAAGCAUGUCACCAGAGCAGGGUGUUACAAGAACUGGGUGUCACCAGCAAGGUGCUGUGGGUGUCACCAGCAAGGUGCCGUGGGUGUCAUUAGAGUCGUUUUCAAUCAGGGUAGGGUACCAUUUGAGCAAGAUUCCACAUCUCAGGGUCGGGAUCUCUCAUAACCCUCUCUAAAGACGACAAUUAUUUAUCACGAUCUGUGUGUCUCUGGCUUCAUGUGAGAGGAGCUUUUCCAAAUUUAAACUUAUAAAGAACUAUUUAAAUUUUGCAAUCUACUAUAAAAAAGUCCACACUUUCGGUCUUGUGAUUUUGUUCAUUUAAAGGUAUAAGGUGAAAAUGUAGAUUUUGAUGAAGUGAUUGCCGUGUUUGCAUCUUUGAAGACCAGGAAAGUAGAGUUUUGACUUUAAGUUUUAAUAACAAGUUGUUGUUUUUUUGUUGUUGUUGUUUUUUUUGUUGUUGUCGUUGCAUUUUUUAAACGCUGUUAACUCGAAUUCUGUUGUCUUCCUAUGUCUUUUCUUGCUCCAGGACUCAAUUUACAAAUAAUACUAUAGGCUGAUCUUUUUGAUCUGGUUAAGAAUCACUCGGUGUGUGUAGGAGGUGGGGUCCGGAGCGGCUGAUAAUAGCGUAGAUAGGGUUAGUGCAGCCAAGUGUGGGGGCCUUUACCCAAAUGCUGCCCCUCCACAUAGUGGUAAAAAGUUCUGCCCGAGACAGGCCGCCCCUUCCUACGCCACUGGGGUGACACCAUGAGCUUACUUCACCUAACAUCAACCCUAGUGACUCUUUUGACAUAGCGAGCUGAAAAUUGUUUGAAAAAUGUUUGGUUUUUACAAUUAUUUUAAAAUCACUUCCUUUCUACUCCUCUUUACUUUGUUUUUGUCUGGUUUUAGCGCCCUCUCCUAUUUUUCUGUUUUAGGUAGGAUAUAUAUAUUUAUAUUAUGUAAAUUUAAUUUAUACUUAUUUAAAUGUGUUUUUUGUUUGUUUGUACUGAUGAAGGCAUGUGCCGAAACGUUUACUUGUGUAUAAUGUAUAACUAUUAUUAAAGCGUAACUUGUAUUGUUAUAUUGACACAAUUUGUUCAAUGAGCAAUAUUUUUUUUACCUCAUCGUCCCCUUACGCACUGAGUCAUGUUGGGAGGCACUCCAUCUCCACAAUCUCCUCACCCAACCGACUCUACUAUUCCCCUACCUACCUCCUCAACUCUCUUUUUAGCAUCCUCCACCAACGUUUAAAUGUAAAAACUUCAGCCAAGCUGCGGCCCCUAUUUGACCAGACAAGCGUACGCUGCAUAGCAACAUGUAUUCAUCAAUACUUACUGUUACCAGACAAAAGAUGUAUAAACGUUAGAGCCCCUAACCUUGUAUAAUAAUCAUCGUUUGAUAUGAAUUAAUAUUAAUAGCAGCAAACUCUUGGCGACCACUGUUUGCGAUAAAUGUUAGUUUAAUGUUAGUUAAAUGUUAGUUAAAUGUUAGAUAAAGGUUAGUUAAAUGUUAGAUAAAUGUUAGUUUAAUGUUUGUUAGUUCAUGUAUUUGUGAUUAUUUCCAUCUCGAUGAAUGCCAGGUCCAUGAAGAUUAUGAUGCAAUGCUGAACCAAACCAACAUUGGGCAAAACAACAACAAAUUCUACAUCAUACAAGUUCUUAACUUAAAUGGCGUCUAUUUCACCUGGAACAGAUGGGGUCGAGUGGUGAGUGUUUCAAUAUCAGAUCACUUUAGGAAAGUUAGGACUAAAGAAUUUAUGAUAUCAACAAUGUGGUUUAUUUUAAUUUAUUUAAUAUUCAUUUAAGAAUUUUUUUAAAAGUCUUGAUAUCAGGUAUAUUUUGUUUAAUAAAGGAUCUUCUUAUUGUAUAUUUUGAGGGCCGCGAUCAAUGAAUUACUCAUUCUGGCUCCUAUGUUUCAGAGGGGUUCGCGAUGUAACUGUGAAUUGUUUUUCAGGGGAUACUUCACUGGUUGCAAGGGGUACUCAGCAAUGGUUAUAUUAUGAACUGGGGGUAGGAGGACAGUCAGGUGUUAAGUGUAGUCGCCUCAACUGUUGCUUUUGGAAGCUUGUUCCGGUCCUUUAUUGUCUUUGGCAGGAAUCAGGAGCUCCUGUACUGCGUUCAUUUAUUUUUUUUAUUUUAUUUUUUUUAUGAGCCGGAACUGCCUGGCAUGGCCUCCCAAUUAAAAUAUAAUUAAUUCAUAAUCAUAAUUCUUAAAAGCAUGCUACGCUAGUUUUCAAAAUCUUCUCUGUGAGGUGUGGGAUCAUUCUCUUCUCUAUGGGGCGUGGGAGUAUACCGUACAAUACCUACUCAUGGGGUGUGGAAGCAUCCUAUCAACACCUGCUCUAUGGAUAUGAGUAAAAAAAUUAUUAUUAGAUUUUCAAAGUAAAGGCCAGUUUUUCAUGUGAACACUUUCAUCACCCAAUUAUUUAUUUUUUUUUUUUAAAUUCCUUUUCUCAGCCGAUUACAAACGAUAAGAUACAAAAUGAAACCGGACACUCGUAUUGUUUUGUUCCAUAGGGGGAACCAGGGCAGAAUGCUAAAAAAGGACCGUUUAACAACGUCGACGUGGCCGUUAAAGACUUUGAGAAGAAGUUCAAAGACAAAACCAAAAACGCUUGGAGUGACCGCCACAAGUUCGUCCCGGUCAAAGGAAAAUACGUCCUGCUGGAGAUGGCCGGGGACGAGGACGUUGACCAGGUGGAUUCGGGUGCCAAGGUCAGGGUUUUAGAAUAGUUGAUCAUAUUACAUGUACAGGAAUAUAGAUGUUCCUUGAGAUCAAUCGUGUCACCAGAACAAUCAAUGCAGAGACUUGUUACGUAACUUAUUGAUUGGAGAACGAGGGGGGGGGGGGGUGAAUCGUGUCUGUCCUUCUUUUUCGAAAGGUGUGAAUUCUAUAAAUGAAAUUGACUUAAUAGACCAACCUACUACUUCAUCUAGUUUAGUGAUUCUCAAAAUUUUUCAGGUCACCGCCACCCUGGGACCAUAAACUCACCCUAAACGCCAUGUCAGGCCCCCCACCACGUCUAACCCCAUUAUAAGCAUUCUCAGCCCUUAACACGACCCUUUGUGAUAGAUAACUACACAACUAAAUUUUGGUGUGUAACUACACAACUAAAUGUUGGUGUGUAACUACACAAUUAAAUGUUGGUGUGUAACUACACAAUUAAAUGUUGGUGUGUAACUACACAAAUAAAUGUUGGUGUGUAACGACAAAACUGACUGUCGUGUGUAAUAUACAUAUAUAAAUAUAAAUAUAUAUAUAUAUGAAUAUGUCAAUGAAACACAAAAUAAACUAUUUACUUUUAUGAGCUCAUUAAUCCAUUAGCUGAACAUAUUGGAUCAAGCGAAACCUCACCUUUUGAAUGUAGGAUAAUUAUAAGAGAUUUAGACAUCUAACUUUUUCUCAUAAGGUGAUAAAGUGCAUGGGUUUGGUAAAGUGAUAGCAUUUGUCAGUGCCUGGUUUUAAGUCUCUUCGCAAAAAAUAUAUUGACUAUGUUCAUAUUUCUAUGCCAUUUCUUUGUUUGAACAAGGAAUUACGAUCACAAUAAAACCACCUUCUAACAAAUAAAAUAAUGAAAACGCAGCAAAGAGCUUCUUAAGAGCCUUUCAUGGUGAUGAGUACGAUAACAAACUCAUGCUGUGGCCAAAACUCUUGAUAUUAUUUCUUAAAAUUUGGGUUAUGCUUUAUAACAUUUGGCUGAAUGAACCCUCAAAUCUUGAACUACUUACUGCCUAAUUUAUGAGCAUGGAUUAUCGCUCAAUCUGGGUUGUCGAUCAAAAGACAAGUCUGUCAUUGGUCGGACUAUCUUAAGUAGAAUAUCCUAACCGUGGCAUGGCAAAGUACAUAUAAGAUAACAUUCUUGAGGUGUUCUUUAAUUUCAAUAUUUUCGUCUACCUCAGAAGGGCUUGGAAACUAGUAGAACUCGAGGUGAUCAAUAUUGCGCUUGUGUGGAAAUAAUGUUGUUAUACCCACCGCCCCUUUGACGGAAGGUACUGCCCACUUUGAUAACCACUGAUCUAUUUUAAUUAUUGAUUGUUUUUCAACCGUCAUAUCUACUAUCUAUACUCAUAUCUACUAUUGUGCACUUAGUAACCAUAAUAAUCAUAGUAACAGCCCUAAUACUAUUUCUGUGUAUCAAAAUAUUUUCAGGACGACUCAACGGGUGACAGGGCGACUGCCCCUUGCAGUCUGGACAAGCAGACGGCAGAUUUAAUCAAACUGAUUUUUGACAAUGACAUGUUCAGCGCCGCUCUUCAGAAGUUCGACAUUGACACAAAAAAGAUGCCUUUGGGGAAACUGAGCAAAUCUCAGAUCGCCAAAGGUAUUUGCUUACUUGCUCAUUAUUCAUUUGAGCUUCAUGCUUAUACUUAUGCUAAUACUUAUACAGGUCACGGAUGAAUACGUUAGUUUUUAAAAAAAUGAAUACAAAAUUUACGCCACUGGUAGACAGACAUAAACCGCAAACAAAGUUACUCAUAGAAGAAGACACUAAAAAGAAAACGUUUUAAAAUGGCAUUUUAUUAAAGAAGAUGGCAGGAAGCAUUAUGGUUCUGUAUUUCUACUCUCUAGGCCAGGUUCAAUUGUGUUUAAAUUGUUGUAUGGAAUUAAAUAAUUUAAUUUUAAGAAUGAGAGUGUUGGGUGGCGAUAAAGCUUUCAGGAAGAUUUAUUAGAGACAAGCAAUUUGUGUAAACAAAACAAUGUACGUUCAGCUUUAAUGAUCAUGCUGAAUACAAAUGUAAACGUUUCGGAAAAUGCCUUCAUAGGUACAAAAAAAACAACAACAUUCAUAUAAGUAUCAAUUAAAGUUACACAAUAUAUAUAUACAGUGUAAAAAAUAUUGUAUGUGAUCUUUCUCUCCGAAAAGGCUUUGAAGCACUAGAGGCUCUGGAAGAAGCCAUCAAUAAAAAACAGUCAGCAUCGAAAAUCAACGACCUGACAUCCAGCUUCUAUACCAUCAUCCCCCACAGCUUCGGCCGGUCAGUGCCCCCGCCCAUCAAGACCCUGGAGGAGAUACAGAAGAAAUACGACAUGUUGGCGGUAUGUGCUGUAGAAAUAUGACCAUGUGGGUGACAUGUGCUAUAGAAAUGUGACCAUGUGGGUGUAGUGUGAAAUAAAAAUAUGACCAUGUGGUGGAAUGUGCUAUAGAAAUGUGACCAUGUGGGUGUAGUGUGCAAUAGAAAUAUGAACAUGUGGUGGUAUGUGCUAUAGAAAUGUGACCAUGUGGAUGUAGUGUGCAAUAGAAAUAUGACCAUGUGCCAGUAUUUGCUAAAGAAAUUUGACCAUCUGGUGGUAUGUACUUAAGAAAUGUGACCAUGUGCCAGUAUGUGCUAUAGAAAUGUGACCACGUGGGUGGUAUGUGCUAUAGAAAUAUGACCGUGUGGUGGUCUGUGCUAUAGAAAUGAGACCAUGUGGUGGUAGGUGCUAUAGAAAUAUGACCUUGUGGUUGUAUGUGGUAUAGAAAUAUGACCAUGUGGUUGUAUGUGCUAUAGAAAUGUGGCCAUGUGGUGAUAUGUGCUUUAGAAAUAUAACAAGUUUGCGGUAAUUGCUGUAGAAAUAAGACCAUGUUGAAUAAAUUUGGCACAUAUUUAUUAUAAUUUUUUUAUUUCUGUUUUCAAUUUUGUUCCGCUGAUGAUUAUUUUUUUGAUCUGCUCUGUACGCAGGUCCUGGGAGACAUAGAGCUGGCCCAAAGUAUCCAGAAGGAAAAAUCUAAAGCUGGUGACUCGAAAGUAAGUCUCACCCUUCAUUCCAAUAUGAACAUGUUAUGAAAUGUAAAGAAGUCCUUCAUUUUGGUGAAAACUUUUUUUGUAAAAAAAAAAUUGAUAUAUAUUUUUUUUAAAAAUAAUAUGAAUGUAGCCUUGCUAUAGUCUUCAAAUAUACAUAUUUUUUUAAUGGACAUGUUUAGGGUCAUAUCCCCUUUUCUAGAUGCUGAAGUUCAAUGUAAUAACUUCAAAAAGAAUGGAAUGGCAUGAUACGAAAUGUAGGAACAUACGAUUUGUAUUAGCCCACAUUUAGCUAAACUCCUUAACAAACAAAAAAAAAGAGUUCCUUGUAUAUAAUUGUUCUUAAUAGUGAAAAUGCUGCCCCCUCCCCUCUCCUUUUCCCCAAAUUUUUCCCUACCAGAUUAUUUGAUUUAAAUUUUUUUCUUCCCCAAAGUCGGAGCAAGCUUUUCCUCAUCCAUUUGAUGUCAAUUAUAAAGUACUAAACUGUAAGCUGAAGCUUGUUGAUAAAAAAUCGUCUAUUUACAAGGUAAAAAUUUGCAUAGUUCAAAUUCAUAUCAUUACGCAAUUAGCGAUAAAAAAAUUAACUGGCCAAAACGCUUUUUUACUUUGAAUUCUAAAAUAAAUAGGUUUUUUUAAUGUCCAUAUGAUUCAUUUAAUCAUAGAAUUAUUUCUAAACUUAUGGUAGGUUGUUGUGUUUUUGUGGGUUUUUUUAAUUAUUAUAUAUUUUUUAAAGUUUUAAUACAUCAAAUAUAGUAAGCCCAAAAUUAUUUCAAUGUCACUUACCUUCAGACAAUAGACAAGUACUUCAAGGCGACAGAAGGAGCCACUUAUAGAAAACUCAAGUUAACAGAUGUUUGGGAAGUCGAUCGGGAGGGAGAGGUAAUGUGGUGUGUUGGAGGUCAAUUGAGAGGUAAAGGUAAUGAGGUGGGGGUGACAAAUGUGGUGUGUGGAGGUUGAUACCAGAGUUUGAGGCAAUGAAGAGUGUGCGAGGGUGAUGUGUGUGGAAGGGGAUGUUUGGGGAGAUCAUCUGUUUGUGGGAGGUUGAUAGUGAGAGGUCAAUCCGUUUAUAUGAACAGACGUUUUCUUUGCUCUCAGUCUUUAAGUCAAUUUAACCAGAAGCCGUUUAUCUUAUAAAUUGUUCAGGCAGUCUGUACAAGGUCGUUGUAUUUUUUCAGCCAGUCUGUACAAGGUCGUUGUAUUUUUUCAGCCAGUCUGUACAAGGUCGUUGUAUUUUUUCAGCCAGUCUGUACAAGGUCGUUGUAUUUUUUCAGCCAGUCUGUACAAGGUCGUUGUAUUUUUUCAGCCAGUCUGUACAAGGUCGGUGUAUUUUUUCAGCCAGUCUGUACAAGGUCGUUGUAUUUUUUCAGCCAAUCAGUACCAGGUCGUUCUACUUUUUCAGCUAAUCUAUACCAGGUGGUUGUAUUUUAAGCCAGUCUGUACCAGGUCGUUAUAUUUUUAAGCCAGUCUGUACCAGAUGGUUAUAUUUUUCAGCCAGUCUGUACCAGGUCGUUGUAUUUUUUCAGCCAGUCUGUACCAGGUCGUUGUAUUUUUUUCAGCCAGUCUGUACCAGGUCGUUGUGUUUUUUCAGCCAAUCUGUACCAGGUCGUUGUGUUUUUUCAGCCAAUCUGUACCAGGUCGUUGUGUUUUUUCAGCCAAUCUGUACCAGGUCGUUGUGUUUUUUCAGCCAAUCUGUACCAGGUCGUUGUGUUUUUUCAGCCAAUCUGUACCAGGUCGUUGUGUUUUUUCAGCCAAUCUGUACCAGGUCGUUGUGUUUUUUCAGCCAAUCUGUACCAGGUCGUUGUAUUUUUUUCCAGGCCGAGAGAUUCGCCGCCAACUCUGAAAUAGACUACAGGAAACUGCUGUGGCACGGCACUAAUGUCGCAGUCGUCACUGCCAUUCUCAAGUCUGGCCUACGUAUCAUGCCACACAGCGGAGGGCGUGUAGGGAGGGGAAUCUACUUCGCAUCGGAAAAUAAUAAGUCAGCUGGAUAUGGUAGGUGUUAACUUGUUCACGUUGCGAAAGUAUUGUACAUAGUGGAAUAUCUAUGGCUGUAGAAUGUGUGACUCCUGGGACUGUCCUUGAAUUUUGACGACACUGAUUAACGAAAAACAUAAUGCAAGCAAAAUAGACAUACAAAAUAAGCUACUAAAAUGUACACUUCCAAAAUAUAAACUACCGCACUCUCAAAUUUUUAAUGACAAAAGUUUUUUUUUUUAGCAACGCACUUAACGUGUAUAUUAUAUACUCUAACACACCAGUUCUCAACCUCUUGGUCGCGACCCCUUUGGUUCGAACGACCCUUACACAGGGGUCGCCUAAGACCAUCGGAAAACACACAUUUAUGAAGCAGCAAUGAAAAUAAUUUUAUGGAUAGAGGUCACCACAAUACGAGGAACUGUAUUAAAUGGUCGCGGCAUUAGGAAGGUUGAGAACCACUGCUCUAACAUGAAUCUUGACAAAGGGAGACAACGAUGUGUUUUUUCUUGUUUUGGCUCUGUGCUCUUGUGUAAGGUACAUAUCAUAUAGUGACUCACUAGGGAUGUAACAACACAGACACCUUUAUGCGAUAGAAAUAAUGGAUAUGUGUUAAUGGAAAUGUUAUUAUAUUUACACAUUUAAAAAAAAAAAAAUUGAAAAUUGCUUUACUGUUCAGUAAGUCCAGCUCAAGGGAAAGGCAUAAUGUUCUUAAACGAAGUGGCGCUGGGGAAGCAGCACAAGAUCAUCAUGGAUGAUUCAAGUUUGACUAAAGCCCCCAAAGGGUUCGACAGUGUGUUAGCAUGUGGCCAACAAGAACCAGGUGAGAGAAAUAAGUCUACCAAGCAUUUUAACUUAACAUGUAGCCUACAUGCACAAAAAUUGAACAGCAAAAACUUGCAAAGUAGUUCAUCCAAGGAAGAGGCCCUGUGGUGUCUUGUCACAUACGUUGUCAAACCAUCUUAUGAAUACAUCCAACAGACCCAUUCUAUCAACCCAUCCUACAACACAUUCUAUCAACCCAUCCUACAAGACAUUAUAUCAACCCAUCCUACAACACAUUCUAUCAACCCAUCCUACAUCACAUUCUAUCAACCCAUCCUACAACACAUUCUAUCAACCCAUCCAACAGACCCAUGAUAUCAACCCAUCCUAAAACACAUUCUAUCAACCCAUCCUACAACACAUUUUAUGAACCCAUCCUACAACACAUUCUAUCAACCCAUCCUACAACCCAUUCAUUCAAUCUAUCUCAUCAACUCAUCCUAUUAAUGCACUGUAGGCUGUAUUAUUUUAUUUCUAUGUAUCACCGUGCAGACAUCAAGGAAGACUGUACUAUAAAGCUAGAUGGCCAUGAUGUCAUCGUUCCCCAGGGGAAACCAAAACAGAUCCCUGAAUACUCAGGCAGCAGUUUCUGGCAAUCGGAAUAUCUGGUUUACAGAGAAGACCAAGCUCGCAUUCGGUAUUUGCUACUUUUCGACAUGUAACCCAAAUUUUAGACCGUAGCAGAUAUUUAAUAAUAUCAGUUUUUAAUUCUUCAGCUCUUAGAACUUCCCUAAAAAUUCCACUGGUGUUAUUUGUGUCAGAAAGAUUUUUAAAAAAUGGGGAAAACAAAUUUAAUAGUAACUGUUUUUUAAGUAUGUUUUCAAUUGUUAUGUGAUUAAUGUUGUGUUGACUUGAUAUAAUAGCAUAUUUUUUUUAGUCGUUUCUUUCAACCUCUUUUUCAUUGAUUUCAAUCAUCUCAUUUAAAAACAUGCGCACUAGAAAAUGAAUGAAUAUUUCAAUGUAAAUGAACUGUGGGAUAGAUCUGUGUUACAUGUAUUUUAUGUAAUAAACGCUUAGUUCCCACUA